CGUUUACUCAUAGUGUAUCAAGGUAAGAAAUAAUGGAGAAUUCACUUCCUCUCAAUGAUUGGCAUGUCCGGAAAACUCACCUAAUAAUAAACAGGCUCCAUGCUUUCGUCCAUGGAAUUGCUUUACUAGCCUUGUUUUACUACAGACUCACUUCACUUACCGAAAUCAUCAUCGAAAACAAGGACACUGCUCUCCUUUUACCCCACGUUCUAAUCUUCAUUUCUGAGCUGAUUCUCUCUUUCAUUUGGCUUCUCAGUCAGCCUUCCAAAUGGAAACCCAUUGUUCGAACCGUUUACCCUGAAAGAUUACCAGGAGACGAAAAGCUUCCCUCUAUUGAUGUGUUCGUUUGCACUGCUGAUCCCACCAAAGAACCGUGUUUGGAAGUGAUGAACACUGUUAUUUCGGCUUUGGCGCUUGAUUAUCCUUCUGAUAAGCUUGCCGUUUAUCUUUCAGACGACGGUGGUUCUUUGGUGACUUUCCAGGCCAUUAAACAGGCCUGGAAAUUCUCCAAAUUUUGGGUUCCGUUUUGCAGAAAAUAUAAGGUGAAGAUUGGAUGCCCUGAGGCUUAUUUUUUGACAGACGAAAGUGGUCCUGAUGGCAAGUUUAGUAGCAGUCAGUUCGUAAUUGAGAAGAAGGCAAUUCAGAAAAGGUACGAGGAAUUCAAGGACUCCUUGGAGGAGAUUGUCGCGAAAACAAGUAGUUUUGCAAGCAGAGACCACCGACCAGCAAUUGAGGUGAUUAGUGACGCAAAUGGCGAGAGAACGGAUACAGACAACGAAGAACAUAUGCCUCUUCUUGUUUAUGUUGCUCGGGAGAAAAGAUCUUCUCAGCCGCACCAUUUCAAAGCCGGAGCACUCAACGUUCUUCUUCGAGUAUCUGCCAUGAUCAGCAAUUCACCAUACAUUCUGGUCCUGGACUGCGACAUGUACUGCAAUGAUCCAUCAUCGGCCCGCCAAGCAAUGUGUUUACAUCUGGACCCAAAAUUAUCCCGAAAGUUGGGGUUUGUUCAGUUUCCACAGAAAUUUUACAAUAUCAGUGAGACGGAUAUCUAUGAUGGACAGCUAAGAUAUAUUUGGCCAAGAUGGGAAGGCUUAGAUGGGCUCAGGGGACCAAUCUUGUCUGGAACAUGCUUUUAUAUAAAGCGGGAAGCACUUCAUGGAACUAAAAAAUUUCAAGAAGAUGUCGAUCUUGUCCAGCUGAAGAAGUGUUUUGGCACAUCCAAUGAAUUCAUCAAGUCGAUUUAUAGAAAUUACAAGCCGAAUUAUCCGAAAGAGAGAAAUUUUUCUGAUGAUGCCUUGCAGAAAGAGCUCCAAUUGCUAGCUUCAUGUAGAUAUGAUAAUGACACAAAAUGGGGGAAAGAGGUGGGCUUCAGAUAUUUUGCGGUUGUGGAAGACUAUUUUACAGGAUUCAAUUUACACUGUGAGGGUUGGAUUUCUGUGUAUCUUCAACCUUCUAGGUCAGCUUUCUUGGGGGCAUCCCCUAUAAGUCUCAACGAACUUCUAGUUCAAAACACGCGAUGGUACGUUGGCUUGAAUCAAGUUGCCAUGUCGAGGUUCUCUCCCCUUGUAUACGGGCUGAUGAGAAUGCCAAUAUCUCAAAGCAUGUGUUAUGCAGAAUUUGCAUAUAGCCCAAUUUAUUUCUUGGCCCUCUACGUUUUAGCCAUCAUUCCUCAGCUCUUCCUAGUCCAGGGAAUUUCUCUGUAUCCUGAGGUUUCAAGUCCGUUCUUCGUUGUCUUUUCGUUCGUUUUCCUGUCAUCCCAACUCAAACAUGUCCAAGAGAUCUUCUCAACCGGGCACUCAAUGAGGACGUGGUCGAACGAGCAAAGAAUAUGGAUGAUGAAAUCAUUGACAUCUUACUCAUACGCUACAUUGGAAGCUGUAAUGGAGAAAUUUGGAUUGACGAAAGCCAGUUUUUUGCCAACAAAUAAAGUGGUUGACGAUGAACAAGCCAAGCGUUACCAAAUGGGGAUAUAUGAUUUUCAGGCACCAGCUCUCUUCAUGGUUCCGUUAUGCAGUCUUUAUAUACUGAAUGCUGCUUCAUUUAUCAUUGGAUUUGGAAGGAUUUUGCAGACUCAGAAAUGGGGUGAGAUGCUUAUACAAGCUUUUAUCCCGUUAUUUGCGACGAUUCUGCAUUUACCUUUACUCGAAGGAAUGGUGUUGAGGAAGGACAAGGGCGGAGUUUCAGCAUCUGUCUCCCUUCUUUCUGCUAUAAUUUCGUCGGCAGUUUUUUCCCAAUUUUUUUUCAAACUUUUGGUACGCAUAAUAUAACUUAAUAUAAUAAAAUAAAUGUUUCGCGAUACAAAUACGAUACGUAAAAAAUUAAAAAAUUA